AAGCUUGUGACAGGAACCAAACUCCCCUAGUCUGAGGCUGGAACACUGACAUACACACUUGUAUAUAAGAGGAAGUCUGAACUGAUUGUUCAAUAUUUCAACAGCAAGAAAAACAGGAAGCAAUGAGAAACAAAAGCACCCUCUAGGUCUGAGCUACAGGACCAUCUGCUCUGGCAGGCCAUGUCAGUCACAGGCAAAGUCCUGCUUUCCUGCCUCUGACGCAGGGAACUAAGGCUCUGAAUGAAACCUGCUGGAAGUUCCAAUUAAAUCUUUGUGGACAAAGUGCACACAUGACAUCCUCAGAUAACAGGUGGCAAUAAAUCCAUCAGAACUUCCACUCAGAGAUCAGAGUCCCUUCUGAACUGCUAACAACUGCCAGUACCUCACUGAUACCUCACACAAGAUGGGCUCUAAGUGAGUUUCACUUGUCUGGGCAGAAAUUCUCCCCUCUUCUAUAAAGGCUGCAGAAGACCUAUAGCAGUAACAGGACCUUUCAUAAGAAACUGGAGAAGACGCUCCCAGACCAGCCAUCACCAUGUCCAGGGUGUUUUUGGACACUCCUCAGCGGUUGCUAAAGGAGGGGAGAGAGUCACGGAAGCUGGUACUGGUGGUGGUGUUUGUUGCUCUGCUUCUGGACAACAUGCUGCUUACUGUAGUGGUGCCCAUUAUACCCAACUUCCUAUAUGCCACAGAGUUCAAAGAAACCAACGCUCCUCUGUACCUUGGCCCCACCACAAUUUCUAAGCAUGUCCUUACUUCUCCUGCCUUUUCCACCAUCUUCUCCUUUGAUAACAACACCAUGGCUCUCAAAGAAAGUGCACCCAGUGGCACAGCGUGGACAGAUGACAAUACUGGCACCAUCCCCCCUCCAGUCACUGGAGCCAUCCCAGCACAACGAAACAACUGCUUGCAAGGCACAGAGUUUCUGGAGGAAGAGAACUUACGGGUUGGGGUUCUGUUUGCUUCAAAGGCUUUGAUGCAACUUCUGGUCAACCCAUUUGUGGGACCUCUCACCAACAGGAUUGGAUAUCACAUCCCCAUGUUUGCUGGCUUUGUUAUCCUGUUUCUCUCCACAGUUAUGUUUGCUUUUUCUGGUACCUAUACCCUACUGUUUGUGGCCCGAACCCUUCAAGGCAUUGGUUCUUCAUUUUCAUCUGUUGCAGGUCUUGGGAUGUUGGCAAGUGUCUACACUGAUGACUAUGAGAGAGGGCGUGCCAUGGGAAUUGCCUUGGGGGGCCUGGCUUUGGGAGUGCUGGUGGGAGCUCCUUUUGGAAGUGUAAUGUAUGUGUUUGUUGGGCGCUCUUCACCCUUCCUCAUAUUGGCCUUCCUGGCACUACUGGAUGGAGCACUCCAGCUGUGUAUCCUACAGCCUUCCAAAGUCUCUCCUGAAAGUGCCAGGGGGACUCCUCUCCUUACACUUCUCAGAGACCCUUAUAUCCUGGUAGCUGCAGGCUCCCUCUGCUUUGCUAACAUGGGAGUGGCCAUGCUGGAGCCCACAUUGCCCAUCUGGAUGAUGCAGACCAUGUGCUCACCUGAGUGGCAGUUAGGUCUAGCUUUCUUGCCUGCCAGUGUGUCCUACCUCAUUGGCACCAACCUCUUUGGUGUUUUGGCCAACAAGAUGGGUCGGUGGCUGUGCUCCCUGAUUGGGAUGAUUGUAGUAGGCACCAGCUUGCUUUGUGUUCCUCUGGCUCACAAUAUCUUUGGUCUUAUUGGCCCCAAUGCAGGUCUUGGCUUUUCCAUAGGCAUGGUUGAUUCCUCUAUGAUGCCCAUCAUGGGACACUUGGUGGACCUGCGUCACACCUCAGUGUAUGGGAGUGUCUAUGCCAUAGCUGAUGUGGCUUUUUGUAUGGGCUUUGCUAUAGGUCCAUCCACCGGGGGCGCCAUUGUGCAUGCCAUUGGCUUCCCCUGGCUUAUGGUCAUCAUUGGGGUCAUCAACAUCAUCUAUGCUCCUCUCUGCUACUAUCUGAGAAGCCCCCCAGCCAAGGAGGAAAAUCUGGCAAUUCUGAGCCAGGACUGCGCCAUGGAGACUCGAAUGUGUGCAACUCAGAAACCCACAAGGGAAUUUCCUCUGGGGGAGGACAGCGAUGAGGAGCCUGGCAGUGAAGAGUAGUAGGAAGAGUUGGUCUCUGAACCUUGUCACAUGUGGAUCCAUCAGCCUUGGACUUCAGUGACCAAAGUGACCACCUCUUUCCCUGAUCACCAGAUCACCAUGGGCAGCUCAAUAAGCUUCACUUCCCUUUCCCCUUUGUAUCUCCUUUCCUCCCCUCCACAAGUGCCAUUCCUUACCGCUGUAACCCAUAGCUCUUCCUCUAAGCUUUCUUGUCUCAGGUGCCCAUCUUUCAUGGGAGGACAUAGUGAUGCUUUCUUCUAAGCUGUUGUGAGGCUGAUUAAACUUGAGCUGGUGGGUUCUGCAAGAGUCACUUAUUCCACAAGAACAGCAGUGAGCACAGUGUGCCCCUGAAACCAGUGGGAUGAUUGACAAACCUCAUUUCAACUGUUACCUGAUUUUCUUUGGCUCAUUCCCAACAGACCAUAAAACUUUUGUCCUCUGUUCUUCCAUGUGGUCCUUUACUGAGUUUUCUCAGUGGAGUUGAGAAACUGUCCUCAAUGUUAUACUGCUGCCAGAUUGCCAAUUUGGGAAAUUGUUUGCCUGGUUUUUAGAAGCUGAGUGGUUUUUCUGUGGCUAAACCUAUAGCUGCUAAAGUGAUUCUGCCCUCAGCAAAUGGAGGGCUGGGUUUACACCUUUCCUAAACCUCUUUGACUCAGAAUUAAAAGCAGGAGGACAGAAAAAAAAAGUUAUUAACUCCAAGAUUUUAUUGGAGGAAGUGAAGAGCAACUGCCCUGAAAUCCCUUCCCACAGUGGAUUUCCUACUAUAAGGAUUAUAAUGAGGAAUUGUCCUCACUUGUUAAUGAAUAAGUUACUACCUAACUCAGACAUGGUAGACUAAAUGGUAUUUUAUAGCAAAAGAGAAUGUAUAGGCAAAUACAUAGAUACUAUAAAUAUUUUGACAUUUUGUUACUUUUUGAAACAUUUAUUAAAUGUGGGGUUUCAAAGAGGUGAGAGAUAUGGCACCCACUUUUAAGUAGCUUCCCAUCUAUUUGAGCAAACAAGAUAUACACAGUAUAAAAUUGGUCAAUACACUCUGUUAGUAUAUACUCUCUGUUCAAGUACAAAGAGGCAGGGAUGCUCAUAGUUUGGGUGGGAAUAAUGGUGGAGGUGGAGGCAGAGCUAGGAAUGGAAAGACCCACAAGUAUAGGCUGUGGGGAUACCUGGAUAUCAGACUGAGAUGUUCGAACUUUACUCUGAAAUGAUAUCUGGGUCUGAUCAUCGUACUCUUAUGCGGGAGUUUGGUGGGCUCAGCGCAAGCCUCAAAUCACCAGAACACUUUCAAGCUGAACCUCAAUGAAUCCUUAUCACUUGGACAAUGGAUAUCUGAUUUAUGGAUAUGUUUUUAGAGUGUUAGUAUUAACUAGGCUUACCUGAUUUUCAAAACCGGGUGUGUUUAUGUUGUCAUUUAGUCAAGAUAUUAUUUAUCUCAGAAUUUGAAGAGUCCAGAGGUAAAAUUAGAAAAUCCUUUGUCAAAAUAUGUAAGCUGUAACUAAAUGUUGACUGAGUGAAUGGCCACUGGACCCUCUACAAAGGGGGAAUGAGGAUGUACAGGAGUCAGGGCACCGACAAUGUACACUGCUUACUCUUACAUGGGGAGGAGGAUUCAUAAUAAAGAAUGGACUCACCACAAAACUGUUAACACGUUUGCAAAAUAGGAAGAAUUUUUAAAAGAGGAAAUCAUCCCUGACUUGCCAGUUAACAUUGCUUAAGCAAUAUAAAACAUACAUUUGGGGGAAAACAAUGGUUAUAAAUUAUAAUUAAAAUCAUAAUUUAUUGUAGAAAAGUCAAGACCACAUACUACAAAGUAAGUCAAGGAACAUUUUUUUUUUUUAUUUUAGAUCACGAAUAGAUCAUAAACACAAUCUAUGUAUGGAAGAGUAUAAAAAGGAGACUCCCAUAAAAAUAGAAAAUGGGAUUGGUCUUUAUUAGUGGCUUUAUAAAUGAUAUGAAGAAAAGAAUGUAUUAUAAACUACCCACAUUCACAGGUGCAACUACAUUCUUCUACACAUGAAAAUAUCAGUCCAGCAAAAAUGAGCCACAGUGUUGUGUUUUGUUUUGUUCUGAAGUAGCAUACGACGUCAGAUGACCUCCCAUGUGGAAAGGAUAAAGAAAUGCAUUUUCCCCUUUGGUAAGAGAGAAAUUGAAGAGACCAUAAACAUGUUUAUAGGAUGAUAGGCUCUGAAUUAUCAAUUAUGAUGCAACAGAGAAGAUAGUGGGAUUAUGAGACAUUGUGUUCAAUAGGCCAGAGAAAUAUUAGGCAUUCUCAGAGGGAGUAUUGGAAACAAACCAGAAGACAUUUUGUUUCCAAAGUACAAAACCUGGGUGGAAGCCACAGCACCACAAAUUAAGGCAAUGACUGUGGAGAUGGAGGAAAUGCAGAGGAGGCACAGGAGGUGAUGAAUCAGUGGCAGGGAGAGUGAUCUAGAGAGAGACAGGAAAAUUCUUAUAGGGAGGGACCCAAAUCUGAGCUAAAAUAUUUAAGAAAGUCCCAAUCUUGGUGACCAGAAUCUUAGAACACUUCCACCAAGGGCCACUCCAAAAGCACUAGAGAGCUAGGAUGAGAGUUAAUAUUAGGGAAUACUAUCUCCCAUUGUAUUAUCUUACUUAUGGAAUUCAAUAUUCCAAGAUAUAGCACAAACUGACUAAACUCCAAUCCUGGAGGCAACUCUCAAAUGCUCAAGUCUGUCCUCUGAGGAGCACCUGGGUGGCUCAGUCAUUAAGCGUCUGCCUUCGGCUCAGGGCGUGAUCCCAGGGUCCUGGGAUCGAGCCCCACCUCGGGUUCCC